AUGAACCAGCAAGUAACUUUACCACCCAUCAAACAUGUCUUUCAGGGCUUGUUGAGCUCGAAACCAGCAGAUUCAUUGCACCAAAAGCACCAUUAUCGUCGCUCGUCUGCGGGCAUGGAGUCUGCAGUGGAAGCAGUUCGAUCCUUGCAGCAAUUAUCAUCGGCAUCAGCUGAUGCACCUUGCUUUCAUUGUUCACCUGCUCCUGCUGCUCCUUCCUCCUAUUCUUGCUGCACAGCAGCUCAUCACCACCAUCAUCAUCAACAACAACCCAUCCAUACGCAGCUUGCAACAUCAUUUGCAGGACAUCGUCGAACUGUGUCAGCCUCUGUAGAAGCACCGUAUUGUCAUGUAUCCUAUCCACUGGCUCCUCCUCCUGCUGCUGCUGCUGCUGCUGCUGCGGGUGCUCUGUCUGAUACAUGCUCUCCUUAUUCACAUUAUCCACACACCCACUCACAUUAUCAGCAUCGAUUCUAUGCACCUUACGCUCACGUUCAUGCUCAUCAGCAGCAUCCACCAGCACACUACUUUCCUCGCCGUGCAAGAGCACAUACCACAUCAGGCUAUCCACCUACCAUGCUCUAUCCUAUGCAUGCUAAUCAGCAAACAUCAACAGCGUACAGCACAGCGAAUGAGAUGCAAACACCAUUCUCGCCUCCUUCUUCUGUCUCUUCUUCGUCAGCACCCGCAUCAGCAACCACAAUGCCAGCUAAAAAUAGCUCGAACGUCAACAACCACAGAUACCAUUGUCAUCAUUGUAGAAAAUCCUUCUCAAGACCUUCCUCGCUCCGUAUUCACAUUUACUCGCACACAGGAGAAAAGCCAUUCAAAUGCCACUAUCAAGGAUGCGGUCGUAGUUUCAGCGUCCACAGCAACAUGCGUAGGCAUUUAAGAGUGCAUUACUACCCUCAACAGCAACAGCAACAGGCAGGCACGAGCGCACACAUGAACAGCAGCAUGCGGUUACCACUGGUACCAUCCUCGAAAAGUGCUAAUUACAGUGACGAAGAAGAGGAGGAAGAGGAAGACUGCAAGACAAAGGACAAGGAGGAGCAAAACCAUAAACAACACUUAAUGUUGAUGAGACAACAAACAGACUACCACAACCAACAACAAACAAUGUGCUACACUAAUGUAUGA